UAGGGAAGAGUUAGGGCAAUAAAAACCACUCUUCUAAAACGAUCCUCUGUUCCUGCUCCCCAUAGUUUCCAACCUUUUCUGAGAAUUUAUCCAUCAGCGAUUUCAUCUUAACGCAGUCGAUUUCAAGUAAUUUAAAAAUCUCAACACUAGUAUAGUAAUGUCCGGCAGGGAGGUUCGCGAGUACACCAAUCUCAGCGACCCCAAAGAUAAAAAAUGGGGGAAAGGAAAAGAUAAGAUAGAUGAUGAAGAUAUCACCUUUCAACGCAUGGUUGCCAAGAUGCAAGAGGUUGCUGGAGAAAGGGGAGGCUACCUUCAUGGACGAGGCGCCUUGGACAGUGAUGACCUACUCUAUCUCAAGGAGCAGAUGGAAGCUGAGGAGGAUGCAGAACGCCUGCUUCGCCGUACUGAGAAGCGAGCAUUUGCUGCAUUUAAGAAAGCUGCAAGUUUAGCGGAUUCUUCACCUGCAUCGGUUCCCUUGCCACUUCGUGUUGAACCCAAGCCAAAGAGCGGAAUCAGACAGCAAGAUCUACUAAAAAAGGUAGUGGAAAUUAAACCCAAACGUCCGAGAGUCUCAAGCCUGUCGGAUGGGAAUCGGUCUGCUUCAAGUCACAGUGCUUCCACAGAUCUCAAGUCAGAGACAAAAAAUAAGGAAAAUGAACAACCGUUGGCAAAAUCAGACAACACAGAAGGCCAAAUUAAAGUGGAAAACCCUGUUAAAAGCGUACUAGGCUUAGCAUAUGCAAGUUCUGACGAUGAAGACUGAAUGGCAAUCAGGCAAAGUUUCAUAUAUAUAUAUUUUUUCCUUAUUUAUAGGUUGGUAUUGUAUGCCUCGUUUCUCAAUAUUCUCAGUCACCCAAAGUCUAGUUUUGGAUGAAGUACAGUCAAUAGCGGGAAAAGAAAUCAAUAUUCGUUACAACUAGAGUGGGAGAAGGCAUAUUGUGCACACUUUGGUGGUUGUUGAGUGUUAUUUUUUCUUUUUUUUCAAUGUUUGUCUUACAAAACAUCUUGCUGAUCUUGUUAAUGACCUUUACAGCUUUGGCUUGGACGACUCAGAAAUAUUAUUGCUGAUUCGUUGUAGUGAGUUUUUUCAGCCCAUGAGCUCUUAUUCCCAA